AUGGCUCGUCCAUUUUUCGGGUGUGCUUGCAGUUCCCGCGCCUCCAUGAGCGACGAGCAGCGGUUCUACGAUAAGCUCGAGCUUGUCGCGCUGCAUCUGCAUGGGAAGGGCCUCGUUUCCACUCAAGAUCUGGAGCUAAUGGAUUCUCGCGCGGUCUUUGGACUUCUGGCAGUCGUGCUUCUCCAGUACGCCGUGCGGGAAGCAGCUUCCCGCAGUCAUAGGGUCGUGACAAUGGACGAGGACCAGCAUGAUCCCACCGUGCCGACGAUUUUCGAUGACGUCCGGGACCGCUUCAUAAACGUUCGCGACCGCGUGGGAAAUCUGAGGGGGCUCACAGCGGGAGAGAUGGAAUGGCUGCAGGCGAGGCUGAUAGAUCCGCACGCCCACUCCGACCCGCCCUCCCAUUUUGGUCGGGACCGCGCGAGCGGCCUGAGCGAUGUGUUCAAGCGUGUCUACGGCACGGCCGUGGAGAUGUCGAGGCUGUCCGCUUUCAGUGCGUACCUGGAGCUCCUCGCGGCAGACUUCCCGAUGCUGGCGGCCCUUCGCCAGGGCCGCUGGGCGGACGCCGCGGCUCAGCUCCUGCAGGCCCGGGCCCUGCCGAUCGCGGCCCGCCUGGGCCAGCUGCGCGUGGUGCACAGGAUCAUGCACCUACGCGGAGACUGGGGAGAGUGGCUGCUCUACGCGGCGUACAGCGGCCACCCGUGCGAGGUCGCGCUGGCGCUGCGGCGCGGGGCGGGCGUCGACACCCGCAGCGCCUGCGGGGCCACGCCGCUCAUCAUGGCCGCGAUGGGGGGCCACGCCGAGGUCGCGCGCCUGCUCCUGGCCUGGGGUGCGAACCCCGCGCUCGCGACGAAGAGGGGGUUGACAGUGUAUGGUGCGUUCCAGCUGGGCUCGGAACGUGGCGCCUCCGAACCCCACCAGCGACGGCGGUACGCCCAGGUCGCUGCACUGCUGACGCCUCUUUUUUGCGCCACUUGGCCUUGA